GACCUGCGAUGAACCAGCUCCAGUGAUGAGUCAGUGUUUUGUUGUUGCAUUUUGGCAGCAUAAAUAACAACAGUUUGCACAUCGAGGAAACAGUUACGAUAUUUGCAAUGAAAGGUGGCACAUUUCGCAACACGCAAUGGGAUCCCACGCUCUUGACGUCACAGAUUCUGUCAAUGCAAUUCUGCGUCUAUUUCUCCCUUGGUCUGCUAGUCUUCGUGGCCAAUAAGUUGGCUGGCGACAAUUAUACACUUGACCACAUUUUCGAGUACCAUGAAAUACAUAUAUACGAUCUGGGUGGUCGUUUAGUGAUCUGCGCCUUUGUCGUAAACGCUUUUGUAGCAUCGCUGGCCUUGUGGUGCAUUGUACGCCGUGCCAAGCUCUGCCUCGACUUUAGUUGCACGUUCCAUUUGCUGCACCUGCUCAUCUGCUGGUGGUACAAUCGCUCGUUUCCAGCAAAUGCCUCUUGGUGGCUGUUGAACGUUAUCACAGCGACCAUAAUGUGCAUUGGCGGUGAGUUCCUUUGCCUGCAAACCGAGAUGAAGGAGAUUCCGGUCGGGUAUGCGGCGCUUAACCAAAAAUCGGACGUUUGAGGGCUACCACGAACCCACACAAACAUUUGAAUGUGAUGCUAGCAAAGCCACCAAUUACUCUUAAACAUACGAAUGUGUAAUUUAUUUUUAAUAAUAUAUGUAUAGUUAAGCAUUCAAUUUAAUAGAAUAUAUAUCCGAUGUAACUAGUGCAAUAUCUGAUAUAUAAAAGGCGCACCACGCUUGAGUUUCAGCUGCUUCUCAACUGGCACUGGAGGCAUAAAGAACUCCAGCUGUGGCGCAGACGCCUCAAUCUCACUGCCAUUAUUUCGCAUGAAUCCGAAGAGGUUCCAAAAAUGCAGUUGACGCGGCACGAACUGUCCAUAGGUGAACAUAAAAAAAAACGUCAAGAUCAACGAAAUGAUCAAUAAUAGCGACCAACAUUGGGUGCUUGGUGUCUUCAGCAUGAUGCUUGGGUAUUAACUGAACCCACUGAGUUCAUUGAAAAAAGCAUUUAGAUCAGAUACGAGUACUACCAGCGAGUUCGCGUAAACAAAAAAAAGCAGCCAACCAACCACCUUUGUAAAUAAC